AUGGGGCAGAGGAAUCAGACCUCCUCUCUGGCUGACUUCAUCCUGGAAGGGCUCUUUGAUGACUCCCCGGCCCACGCUUUCCUCUUCUCCUUCACCAUGGUGGUCUUCCUGGUUGCGGUGAGUGGCAACACCCUCACCAUCCUCCUCAUCUGUGCCGACCCCCGGCUUCACACCCCCAUGUACGUCCUGCUCAGCCAGCUCUCCCUCAUGGAUCUGAUGCAUGUCUCCACCACCAUCCCCAAGAUGGCAGCCAACUACCUCUCUGGCACCAAGUCCAUCUCCUUUGUGGGCUGUGCCACCCAGGACUUCCUCUUUUUAUCUCUGGGUGGAGCUGAGUGCCUUCUCCUAACUUUCAUGUCCUAUGACCGCUAUGUGGCAAUCUGUCACCCACUGCGUUACACUGUUCUCAUGAACAGAAAGGUGGGACAGAUGAUGGCUGUUAUGUCUUGGUUGGGCGCAGCAGUAAAUGCUCUCAUUCACACAGUGAUCUUGAUGCACUUCCCUUUCUGUGGGCCCCGGAACGUCCACCACUUCUACUGUGAGUUUCCAGCAGUUGUGCAGUUGGUAUGUGGAGACAUCACUGUGUAUGAAUCCACCGUGUACAUCAGCAGCAUCCUCCUGCUCCUGCUCCCCAUCAUCCUGAUUUCUGCAUCCUAUGUCUUCAUCCUCCACAGUGUCAUUCACAUGCGAUCAGCUGGGGGUAAGAAGAACGCCUUUGCCACCUGUAGCUCUCACCUCACUGUGGUUUCCCUCUGGUUUGGCGCCUGCAUCUUCUCCUACAUGAGGCCCAGGUCCCAGCGCACCCCAUUGCAAGACAAAGUGGGUUCCGUGUUCUACAACAUCAUCACUCCCACCCUGAAUCCUCUGAUCUACACUCUCCGGAAUAAGGACGUGGCAAAGGCUCUGAGGAGAGUGCUGGGGAGAGAGAUGAUCACUCAAAACCCAAAUGUGUGGUUGCCCUGA